AUGAGGAAGAGUGAGGGGAGACAAUGCUACAUUUCUGUAUCUUUGUUGUCUCCACUCAUAACAUUCACCAGUUUCCCUAACUCAAAUAUUAAUCCAGAUUACAUCAUAUACACCAGUCAAACUCUCCCAGACACUGGUCAAACUCUCCCAGACACCGGUCAAACUCUCCCAGACACCGGUCAAACUCUCCCAGACACAAGUCAAACUCUCCCAGACACAAGUCAAACUCUCCCAGACACAGGUCAAACUCUCCCAGACACAGGUCAAACUCUCCCAGACACCGGUCAAACUCUCCCAGACACCGGUCAAACUCUCCCAGACACAGGUCAAACUCUCCCAGAUACCGGUCAAACUCUCCCAGACACAAGUCAAACUCUCCCAGACACCGGUCAAACUCUCCCAGACACCGGUCAAACUCUCCCAGACACAGGUCAAACUCUCCCAGACACCGGUCAAACUCUCCCAGACACCGGUCAAACUCUCCCAGACACCGGUCAAACUCUCCCAGACACCAGUCAAACUCUCCCAGAUACCAGUCAAACUCUCCCAGACACAAGCCAAACUCGCCCAGACACCUCUCAAACUCUCUCAGACACCGGUCAAACUCUCUCAGACACCUCUCAAACUGUCCCAGACACCAGUCAAACUCUCCCAGACACCAGUCAAACUCUCCCAGACACCAGUCAAACUCUCCCAGACACCAGUCAAACUCUCCCAGACACCAGUCAAACUCUCCCAGACACCAGCCAAACUCUCUCAGACACCUCUCAAACUGUCCCAGAUACCAGUCAAACUCUCCCAGACACCAAUCAAACUCUCCCAGAUACCGGUCAAACUCUGCCAGAUACCGGUCAAACUCUUCCAGAUACCGGUCAAAUUCUCCCAGAUACCAUUGAAACUCUCAGAUACCAGCGAAACUCUUCCAGACUCCAGUAA